AUGCCGAAGGCGACCAAGGCGAGCGAACGCGCGGUGGAGGAGAUCGUGAACGACGACGGGGCGAUCGAGAUCGACCACGCGAGCGCGCUGCGACCGACGCGCGCGCCGCUGGGUGCGAGCGAGGACGUCGUGCGAGGGAAAGCGGCGGCGUAUCGAAAGGUGAACGUCCCGGCGCAUCGCUUCGCGCCGUUGCGAGAGCAGUGGAUGACGCUGUACGAACCGGUGACGAAACAGAUGAAGAUUGAUAUGCGGAUGAAUCUCAAGCUGCGAAAGGUGGAGCUGAAGACGACGGCGAAGACGGAGGAUGAGAGCGCGCUGCAGAAGAGCGCGGAUUUCGUGCAGGCGUUUCUGUUGGGAUUCGACGUCCAAGACGCGGUGGCGCUGUUGCGGUUGGACGAUUUGUAUCUCGAGUGUUUUGAGGUGAAGGAUGUGAAGACGCUGCGAGGGGAGCACAUGUCGCGAGGGAUCGGGCGAUUGGCGGGGAAGAAUGGAAAGACAAAGUUUACGAUUGAAAACGCGACGCGGACGAGAAUCGUCAUCGCCGAUCAACACAUUCGGAUUCUCGGUUCGUUUCAAAACAUCAAGGUCGCCAGGGACGCUUUGUGUUCCCUCAUCUUGGGUUCACCUCCCGGGAAGGUGUACUCGCGUCUUCGCGCGGUCACCGCGCGGCUCGCCGAGCGCUUUUAG